GCUCGGCUCAGCUCGACUCCGCUCGGCUCCGCUCGGCUCCGCUCGGGCUGCAGCUUCUGUGGGGGUGGGCGGCUAGGAUGACAGCGGCGGUGGCGGCGGCUGCGGCUGCGGCUCUGAGCUGAGGAGCCGAGCGCGAGCCCGGGGAAGAGGAGGAAGUGGAGCCACGACCCGGAGCUCCAGAGUCAGCGGCCGCGCCGAGGUCCGCCGGUUUUGCAAAGCGAUCGGCGUCCGGAUCUGGGAGGACUUCCCCGCGGGGCUCUGGCCGCCGCGCCGCGCCCGCCGCCGGCGCCUGCCCUGCCCUCCCCGUCCCAGCCCCGGGUUCCGCGGUUCCGCGGUUCGGAGCGGGCUGCAGGAUCCCCCGGCCCGACCGGGUGUGCUGGGCAGGACCCCGCCACUACCACCGCGUGGGUCCACAGUUGCGGGCUUGUUUCCAGCCUGUGUGUGUUGGAGCCCCAGCCCUCUGUCCCGGCUUAGCGCAAGGUGGCUGGCUCCAGCCCCGACCUGAGUACAGUGGAGCCCGGUUCCCCGAGCAACGAACCUUCCGCCGCCUUCGGCAGACUGCCUGGAACUUGGAAGCCGCGGCCGGGGUGCCGCACCUGGUCAGAGGUUCCAGGCAGGCAGGACAGUCGUACUGAAUCAUUGGGCUGGUGCUGUGAGCCGAAGUUGCCGCCUUCUUCUCGCCCCACAGGGGACCGGGCGUUUGCCCCUAGAAGAGCAAAAGCGCCCUUUCUGCCCCGCACACCGGCAGGAGCCAAGGCUGCAGAGUAAUGCAGCUACUCUAGGGUGUGGGGAGGAUCUUAGAAGUCCCAGAGACCCUGAGCACCCUCACAAACCAGAUGCAAGACCAGAGGAGACUCUGGGGACUAGCUCUUCCAGUGAAGCAUCAUCGCUGCCUUUGUGGCACCCUAAGGAGCUCAGCUCACAGCCACUGGUACCUUCUUCCAGGACCAGCUGGGGGCCUCCAUGGGUGCUUGAGAGCCAGGCACCAAGGCUGCGGGGACGAGUAUGGUGAGACACCAGCCUCUGCAGUACUAUGAGCCACAGCUGUGCCUUUCCUGCCUCACAGGCAUCUACGGCUGCCGCUGGAAGCGCUACCAGCGCUCACAUGAUGAUACCACACCGUGGGAGCGUCUCUGGUUCCUGCUGCUCACCUUCACCUUCGGCCUCACACUCACCUGGCUCUACUUCUGGUGGGAUGUCCAUAAUGACUACGAUGAAUUCAAUUGGUACCUCUACAAUCGCGUGGGCUACUGGAGUGACUGGUCUGUGCCCAUUCUUGUGACCACAGCCACUGCCUUCACAUACAUUGCAGGCCUCUUGGUGCUGGCACUAUGUCACAUCGUUGUGGGGCAACAGAUGAAUCUGCACUGGCUGCACAAGAUUGGGCUGGUGGUCAUCCUGGGCUCCACAGUAGUGGCCAUGUCAGCAGUGGCCCAGCUGUGGGAGGACGAGUGGGAGGUGCUGCUGAUCUCCCUUCAGGGCACAUCACCAUUCCUACACUUGGGAGGCCUGGCCGCUGUCACGAUGCUCUCCUGGAUUGUGGCAGGACAGUUUGCCCGUGCAGAGCGGUCCUCCUCUCAGGUGACCAUGCUGGGCAUCUUCUUCACCGUGGUUUUUGCCCUCUACCUGGUCCCUCUCACCAUCUCUUCUCCCUGCAUCAUGGAGAAAAAGAACCUGGGGCCAAAGCCCGUCCUCAUCGGCCAUCGUGGGGCGCCCAUGCUGGCUCCAGAGCACACUCUGAUGUCCUUCCGGAAGGCUCUAGAGCAGAAGCUAUAUGGGAUCCAGGCUGACGUCACCAUCAGCCUGGAUGGUGUGCCUUUCCUCAUGCAUGAUGCUACCCUGCGACGAACCACCAACGUGGAGCAGGCGUUCCCGGAGCUUGCCCGAAGGCCCGCCUCCAUGCUCAACUGGACCGUCCUGCAGAGGCUCAAUGCUGGCCAGUGGUUCCUGAAGACGGAUCCCUUCUGGACGGCCAGCUCCCUGUCACCCUCCGACCACAGGGAGGCCCAGAACCAAUCCAUUUGUAGCCUGGAUGAGCUGCUGGAGCUGGCUAAGGGCAACGCCACGCUGCUGCUCAACCUGCGGGAACCACCCCGAGACCAUCCCUUUCGAAGCAGCUUUAUUAAUGUCACGCUGGAGACCCUGCUGCGCUCUGGCUUCCCGCAGCACCAGGUCAUGUGGCUGCCUAACAGGCAGAGGCCCUUCGUGCGGAAGGUGGCUCCUGGCUUCCAACAGACGGCAGGCUCGAAGGAGGCAUUGGCCAGCCUGCGGAGAGGCCAUAUCCAGCGGCUGAACCUGCGCUACACUCAGGUGUCCAGCCAGGAGCUCAGGGACUACGCAUCCUGGAACCUGAGUGUGAACCUCUACACUGUCAACGCACCGUGGCUCUUCUCCCUGCUUUGGUGCACUGGGGUCCCAUCUGUCACCUCUGACAACUCCCACAUCUUGUCCCAGGUGCCUUCCCCUCUCUGGAUCAUGCCCCCGGACGAGUACUGUCUCAUGUGGGUAACUGCCGACCUGAUCUCCUUCACCCUCAUCGUUGGCAUCUUCGUGUUCCAGAACUAUCACUUGAUCAGGUGGCGCUUGGGUGGCAUUCGGAGCUACAAUCCUGAGCAGAUCAUGCUGAGCGCUGCAGUACGCCGAACCAGCCGGGAUGUUAGCAUCAUGAAGGAGAAGCUUAUAUUCUCAGAGAUCAGCAAUGGUGUGGAGGUCUCGGAUGAGUUCUCCAUGUGUUCAGACAGCAGUUACGACACAUACGCCAACAGCACUGCCACCCCAGGGGGCCCCCAAGGGGGCAGCAGCCAAGCCAAGACUUUCACGGACCGGGUUGGGCAUUAGCCGAAGACCUGUCUGGCCCCAGCCUAUACCUAAUGUAGAAACAUGGGGCACCCAGGAGGCUGGCAGAAGUGUGUCUGCCCUUGGAGUGCUCUGGGAGCUGGCUCCACAGCCUCCUUGCAGGCUCCAGGCCCUUUUAGCCAUGUCCUCCCUCUUAAGGAAUCGCCUGUCCCGAGGCCCAGCUGGGCCAGGACUCCAACCUCCCAGAUGCCCCUGCAGGCCUGGGGCUCCUUCUGGGAAGUGCAAAGCCUGGUCCUUCGGGUUCUGUCCUCACGGCCCUCAUAUUUGCACCUGGAAGCUCUGAUGAGUCACUGGGCCAUGCCAUGUCCCUUGUGGCAGUGGAAGAUGUGGAUGCUCACCCUUGCACAUGUGUCUGCCCACCUACCCAUGCCAUGAGGCAAACUUCUCUGUUUUAUCCUGACCUUGAAGACCUGGGCUGGGCCUUUGCCCCAGCCCCUGGCAGCUCUGCUUCCCACAUCAGUCUCAAAGCACAAGGAGGUUCAACCCAGGAGGAAAGCCAGCAGCCAUGGUGGAGACAACUCCUCCCUGACCAGCCUCUCAGCACCACUGACUCCUACCCCAGCAGAGGACUCGAGCCAUGUCCCCUAAGAGCAGCUGAAGAUGGCCAAAAGUGCAGGCCCAGGCUGCUCUGUCUCACACCCAAAUAUUCAGCAGACCUCUGGGUAGAAGUGGCCCUGGGGCCUAGGAGAUCCACAGACUGAUAGACCUCAGGUGCCCACAUCAGCAGGCACAAGAUGGGGCCACCUAGGAAAUGUUCUGGGUACAGUCAAGCAUGGGCAUGUGGCUAAGUUGGCCUGCAAUAGAGGAAGCCUGAGGGCCUUAGCCAGAAUGAUUAAAGCUGCCAUCUUGA